GCGCCCUCGGUGUGUCUCUAGUAGCUAGUUCACCUAUUCACAUGUAAAUGAACCGUCGUAUAUACCAAGUACGGGCCCCCUCGGAGCAGUACUAACGAGCCCAGUCUCUCUACAAGCUUUGUUGGCCGCUGGGAUCGCUCGGCCAUCUGUUCCCAUUGACGAGCUGUAACGGCUUUUUGGAUUACAAACCGACCUCCAGUUCAGUGGGCUUCUGGCAGCGCCUGGGUUAAACUUCAACAACAUGGCCCCCAUCCGUAACAAGACAAACGGAAUAGACAGAGGUGAUAACUGCAGUGAGGUCAAGUCUGACAGAAAGAUGAGGAAACCUCUGGUCGAGAAGAAAAGAAGAGCUCGCAUCAAUGAAAGUUUACAAGAACUCAGAGUUCUCAUCGCGGACACAGACUUGCAAUCAAAGAUGGAGAAUGCCGAGGUGCUGGAGAUGACAGUGAAACGAGUGGAGAGCAUCCUGAAAAACCGUGCCCAAGAAGUGGACGCUGUGAACCGGGAGGCCUGUGAGCGGUUUGCUGCAGGUUACAUCCAGUGUAUGCAUGACGUGCAUACUUUUGUGUCCAGCUGCCCGGGAAUUGACCCAACAGAUGCCGCGGAGCUGUUAAACCACCUCCUGGAGAGCAUGCCCUUGAACGACGAGGACCGCCUCCGGCUGAUUCUGCCGGACACCGUUGCGGACAGUAACAGCACUUGGUCCCUGUCUGAAAGCAUGUACACGGCCCUGGUGUCCCCGGCCCCUUCCAGCACCUCCACCGAUGACCUCUGCUCUGACUUGGAUGAGACAGACUCAGAGCAAAGCCAUAUAUCGUCUUCAGAGGAGCCUGACGGCCAGGAUGUGUUGAGCUUGCCUUCUUUUACUUACUCCAAGUCAGUGUGGAGACCCUGGUAGACCGGCUAAAACGGAGUAGCAUGUUUUAAACUAUAGUAGAUGAUUUACUGCUUUGUGGUAGGAUGUUGUGUGGGAUAGGCAUCAGUACAUGACAAAGACACUGCUGAGAUGACAACUUUAAAACUUGUUGAAAAGGCAUCUGAGAAGCUCUUUGUAAAAUUAUUCUGGAACUACAAUUAAACUAAAAUGUAUUUAAUAAAUAAAGUAUGUAAUUAAAUCUGUUUUGCAGAGGUCAGUGACCUUUAGGGUCUUCAUUUGGAAGUGUAUUGGCUUUGUAUAGGCCUGCCUUCAGUGAAGGGAGUAAAUGCAUAUGUAAAUAUUUACUUGUUGGAUAUGACUGGGCUGUAUAAAGGAUAGCUGUCCCGUUAGAAAUGCAUUUUUAGCUGUGUGUAAAUUAUUUCUUAUUUAGGAUGUCUUUAACUUUGUAUUUAUACAUGUGAAAUGGCUGUUGGUAGACUACCUCAUCUGGUUUCCCUACGUUUCAACAUUUUAAUAAAUAUCUUUUGGACAA